UUAAAAGCAUAUCAACCUGUUCUCCUAACAAUCUACAAAUUCAAAAUCAAAGCUAGUGCCUACUACAUAAAAUCAAAUCAAAAUCAGAAGUAAAUAUUUGACGGGCAGCAUGUUAGUGAAUGAUGAGAAAGAUAUCGAGCAGCUUAAUGAGUUCAAUGAGAAAUAUAAAACCAUUGAAGAAAUUUUAAAACGAUACUUUAGCGAUAACGAUUUACGUGUUUUAAAAAUGAAAUGUAUCUCUGGCUCCAAAGACGGUGACAACUACAUGUCGGUGGUAAAGAGAAUUAUUGUCGAAUAUGAAGCUGGCGGUAAAUUAUUUCAACCUUUGAGCUUAAUUGUAAAGAGACACAUUAAAGACAAAGCUCGACGAGAGCUUUUUCGAUGCGAUGCAGCCUUCAAAAAUGAAAUAACUGCAUAUUGUCAUGUGGUUCCAGCAUUGAAAAGGUUUUCAAACAAUAAUCUUCCACUACCAAAUCACUAUUUUGCUGGAUGUGACAAGGAAGGAGAAAUAAUUGCAAUGGACGAUCUUGCAAAAGAAGGAUUAAGGAUGGUCGACAGACUGGAUGGACUUGAUUUCGAACAUUCGUCAAUCGUUAUGAAAGAACUUGCAAACUUUCAUGGACUUUCAUUGGCAAUGAAAAUCAUUGAACCAAAAACUUUUUCAACUGCUGUUCAAUACAUAGAAGAGAUUGUUUUUAUUGAAGAUGCAGCUGAAUUCUACAGUCAACAAUUGGAUUAUUCAUUGAAUCAAGCCAUAACAAGUUUGUCACAUGAAUCAAAUGAGAAAGGAGAAUUUGAUUCGACAGUAAAAAUUUUGAAGAAACUUAAAGGACCGAAACUGUUUAACAUAAUGAGAAAUCACGUGACGAAUAGUGAGGAUAAAUGGAAUGUGAUAGUUCAUGGCGACCUUUGGACUAAUAAUAUCAUGUUUCAUUACGGAAAAAAUGGAAGGGUUAAUUAUGCCAAGUUUGUGGACUUGCAGACACUCCGAUACAGUAAUUUAGUAUGUGAUAUUUUGAUGGUAAUUUUUUCAAGUACAAAAUAUAAAAUGAGACAGCAAUACUUGGAUGAAUUGAUUGACAUUUAUCGUAAUUCAUUGAUUGAUACAUUGCGUGAGCAUUUGAAAGGAAGUUAUUCGUGUGAGUUGGCUGAACUUGAGGAAAUGUAUACAACCGAAAGUAUAAAGCAGGAAAUUGCAAGACGAUCACUUUUUGGACUGGGGAUGUCACUGUGGGUAUUGCCAGCGAUAACGUUCGUUGCAAAUGUAAAGGAUAUAGACUCUCUUCUCAAUUCUCUAAAUGAUUCCGAUAAGCAUGAUGAAAUUAUGGCAGGCAUGAAAAGUCAAGAAUAUCAUAUACGUGUAAGAGAAAUAAUGAAGGAGUUUAAACAGCGUGGGUACUUAAAUAACAUCUUUAUUGAUGUAUAAUAUACUGACCAAUUUCGAGGAUUCCUUGCAAUUUUAUAAAAUGUUAAUCUUGCCAAAGACAAGCUUUAAACAAAAACAGACAAAAAAAAAAAUCAACCAACAUUCCAUCACAUUCCAAAAAGCUUUUACAUUUUUUAUUUCGAGAACU